AUGGGUUCCAAUGCCAGCAUUAUGCUUCAACAAGAAGAUUUGCAGAAUAUAUGUCAAGAGACAGGUUUCACUACCAAAGAAGUACAACGUUUAUACAGUCGUUUUAAAACCUUGGAUAAACGUGAUUGUGGAUUUUUAAUACGUGAAGAUCUCUUGUGUAUUCCAGAAGUAAAUAUCAAUCCGUUAGGAGAACGUUUAAUUGAUGUUAUUGUGGAAGAUUAUGGUGAAAAUAAUAAAAUUAAUUUUAAACAAUUUAUUUUUCUUCUUGCUACAUUUCGUCGUGGAAAAACAAAAUCAACAACAGAAUUUAAUACUCGUAACAGUAAACUUAAAUUUUUAUUUGAUAUGUAUGAUAGAAAUCAUGACAUGAAAAUUGAUCGAACUGAAUUAUUAGAAGUUCUUAAAAUGAUGGUCGGUGGAAAUAUUCAUGAUGAUCAAAUUGCAACAAUUGCUGAUCAUACCAUUGGAGAAUUAGAUAAUGACGGUGAUAGUUCGAUAACAUUUGAAGAAUUUUGUGAAACACUCUCACGUAUUGAUGCCGAUGAUAAGAUGAGCAUGAAAUUUUUAAGUUAA